AUGGGAAUCGAGAGUCUAGAGACCCAAGACAGGUCGUUGAUUUUGCAAGUGCAGGACAUUUUCAAGAAAGAGGUGGAGCUUGCAGCUGUGUCAGAAGAUGUAGCAAAGCUAGCUCCCAAAGCCCACGAUCGUUUUGAAUCCUGUGUCCCCAUUGACUCUUCAUCCAACAUGCUGGAUGUGACGGUACAACGAACCGAUCUCAAUCAAUCAAGUGGAUUGGGUUCUGAUGCGAUGACAUGCAACGAUGACACCGACGUUGCCCUCUUUUGGCCGAAGGACACUGCACCCUUUUAUGAGGUACAGUGUUGCCCUGCGAAGGAGAAGUUCUGCGCUGGAUGUGCCAAAAUGAAUUCAGGCGUUGGAUUUGGGGGCAACAUGAGCAAAGAGUAA